GCACGGACCCUCUCAGUCCUCUCGCUCGGGGCGGAUGGUGCUUCCAGCCUGCGGCCGUGCGUCUGUUCUCCGGCGGGGAAAAUGCCCGUGAUGGGCAGCUCUUUACGCGCGGCCGCCCUGCUGGCUUUCGUGGUGCUUUCUAUUUUAGUGUCACUCCUGAUCACCAGCGUGCAACAGUUUGGUGCUAAGACAGCGCACUUUUCCAAAGCGCCCGUUGGCACCGAUGAGGAGGAGAAGUUUGCGCCGCAGCGCCAGGCGCUCAUUUACCAACUCAACCAAAGGCGCAAAGAAAUUCUCCCGCUGCUUUUAAGGAGCGAAAACGAAAACGAGCCGCCAGAUGAAUAUGACGCGCCAGAACCCAGUCUGGAUUAUAGGCUGUGGAACGAGAUUACGCACGGCUCCAGGAAAGCGCACAUGGAUGAGAUGGGCUGUGAGUCCCUGGUGGACAUGCGAGCGGUGGAGGUCCUCGGAUCCGGAUACACCAAACUGGUUCUGAAAGUGAAUUUAGCCGGGGGUGAGUGCGUGGCGUUGAAACUGGUUAACGAGGCGGGGAUCGACAUGGGAAAGUGUUUGGAGGAUUUUAAAGAUCCUCAGGGCUGCCAGGAGCUCGUGUCAUACAAACUGAAGAAAGAAAUCGUCCUUUUGCAGAAGCUGCGGCAUCCAAACGUCAUAAAGCUCAGAGGUCACUGUGCAGCCGCUCAGGGCGGAAGAGUCACAGUUAUUCUGGAACAAGGGAAUCCUCUGCAGAUGAUCCAGCUGCUGCAGAGCCCCUGGGAGGAGAGAUUCAGGGUGUGUCUGGACCUGGUCCGGCUCCUCCACUUCCUGUCGCAGUCGCCGUUGGGCUCUGUGACUCUGCUGGACUUCCAGCCGCGGCAGUUUGUCACGGUGUCUGGCGCGCUGAAACUGACGGACCUGGAUGAUGCCAGCGCAGAGGAGCCCACCUGUCAGAUGGACACAGACUGCACCCUCCGGUUCCCCCACAGAAAUUUUUCCGUGUCGUGUUCGGCCCGCGGAGUCUGUCAGAACCUGAAUGAGAAGAGGAACAUUUACAACGCCUACAGGUAUUUUUUCACCUACCUGCUGCCGCACCAGGCACCACCCGGCCUCAAACACCUGGUUGAUCACAUCAUGAACACCACGGGUGAGCUGAAAGCUGACAUCAAUCAGACGUUGGCGUCCUUUGAACACAUCCUCCACCUCUACAAAUCUGGCCUGCACCUGGACAACCUGCUUCCAUCAGUAUUCAAAGAUUACACUGUCAUGCAAGGAAUGAGGACUUCUGGGAAUGUGGAGUACCGCUGCUGGCCUUCCUACAGCCAGCAGGGCUGCGUGCUGUCGGUCUACGGCAUCCAAGAGGCCGCGUAUAUCUGUAACUCCCACUCUCAGUGCACCAGCUUCAGCCUCAGUGGGCAGACAACUUGGUCAGGUCGCGUCUUGGCCUCUUUCAGGAGUGGCUUCAGCCGCCUGGUUCCCGAUCAGAUGUCGGAGGUGUAUGUGAGGAAAGCCAAAAGUCCUCAGAAUUCAACAGGGUGACUUGGGGGAGACAAAGAGGAGAACAGUGUUUGCAGAAGACACUCGGCCGGUGAUAUGAAGCAAUUAAAAUGUUUUCAGUCGAGUACUGAAGGUGUUUGGGAUGUGUGGAAUUGCUGGAGGAAGGAGGAGACGUUUGAAGUGAAUGUGAUGUAUUUUCUGGGCUUCUACUCAGUGACUGUUUGAUCUAAGUGCCAGAUCACAGCAUCUGCCAGCUACUAUAUAAAGGGGUUUCCCUUCAGGUACAAUUGCGGGGGGGCUGUGCGGCCACACCUUGUACCGCCAACGUAUAUAUAUAUUUUUUCUUUUUCCACCUUGCCUUUGUUUACCGCGUGUUUUGGCUUCCGUUGUUGGGCCGGGCCGCAGUCGUUGCUCAUGAAACCAAAGCGGCUGCAGCUCCACGUUUGAAGCCCGAGAAGGAGAAAAAGAAAACAAGCUCUUAUGCAAAUAGACUUUGAAGUUAAGGCGCUGAGGUUUCGGCGGGUUUUUACACGGUUCACUGGCUUAGCUGCGCCGCGCUCUGAGAUUGUCGCAAAAGCAUGUUAGCAUUUACACGUCAUCAGUGAAAGAUGAUUAAAACCAUUCCAGCCUGUUAGGUUCUAUGUUCUUAUAUGAGGAAAUGUUCUGUCACGACUAUGCAAUGUAGUACGUUAUAUGUGCACCUUGUGGGUGAAACUUUUAUUUUCAAUGAAAAGUCAAAAUCAGUGUUUUGUUUUUGUUUUUUAUAAUUGUUGGAAAUGUAAAAGGUUACAAUUUGUAAUUUGUAUAAAAAAUAUGCUUUCUA